AUUAGUUUAAGCACGUUCGCGAUUAUAGUUGGUUGUUGGUGUAUAUUUUUUCUCCUUGAAGCGGAUUUUGUAAUCAUUGUUAAUUUUUUACAUCUUAAAGAAAAAUUCACGGUGCUUUAAUGCUGACACGUUUCCGUUUUUAAGUCUUAUUGGAAUCGGAACACACUGCCAAAGGUUUUUUCAUUCCUAAGUUACAAAGUCUCCAACAACAAAACGCUUUCUCUUUAAAUCAAAUCGCCAGCAAAAAAAUCAAGUGUACCUGUAUUUUGUUUUAUUUUUGUAAUAAAAAAAUAAUAAAAAGCAUUUUAAUAAGUGAAAAGUAAUUAAUAAAAGGAAAUGAUGACCAGUGAAGAGAAACCUAUUCGUGUUGGAUCUAGAAAGAGUGAGCUGGCUCUCAUUCAAACGAAACAUGUUAUUUCACUCUUACAAAAACUCUAUCCCAAUAAAAAAUUUGAAAUACAUACCAUGACAACUAUUGGAGAUCGGGUCUUGAAUAUUUCACUGCCUAAGAUAGGUGAAAAAAGUCUUUUUACAAGAGAUCUUGAAGAUGCAUUACGUAACGGUGGUGUUGAUUUUGUCGUGCAUUCGUUGAAAGAUUUACCUACAGCAUUACCGACUGGUAUGGCCAUUGGUGCUGUUCUUGAACGAGAAGACGCUAGAGAUGCACUCGUUCUUAGAUCAAAUUACAAAGGUCAUACAAUUGAUACGUUACCAAAAGGAAGUGUAAUUGGCACUUCAUCUUUGCGAAGAACUGCACAACUUCGAAGGCAAUAUCCAAAUUUGGUCGUUUGUGAUAUACGGGGCAAUCUAAAUACCCGUUUAGCUAAAUUGGACGCAGUGGAUUCGAAGUUUGCUGGUAUUAUUUUGGCACAAGCCGGUUUGGUGCGUAUGGGAUGGCAUGAUCGCAUUAGUCAAGUUUUAGAACCAACUGAUUUAUUGUACGCUGUCGGGCAAGGUGCUUUGGCGGUAGAAUGUCGUUCAAAUGACACCGAAAUUUUGAGCAUGCUCCGAAGCCUUAUGUGUCUGUCCACUACGUGCCGUAUCUUGGCUGAACGGAGUUUUCUCAAAACACUCGGAGGUGGAUGCAGUGCUCCGGUUGCUGUCUUCAGCAAUCUAAACGGUGAUUUGACAAAAGAUGCAAACAAUUGUGAAUCUCUGAAUUUACAUUUGGAUGGUGCGGUUUGGAGUCUUGAUGGUUCUCUGGAAAUUCGAGAGAAAAGGUCUUGUUCACUUGCCGUACAAGUUGAGAACAACAAUAUAGAAGGUGAUGAUAGUAGCAGCGAUGAACCCCCGACGAAGCGCACAAGGCAUGAUAAUAGCAACAGCCCCGGAUUGCAAAGUCAAAAUAGUCCUCCCAUAAUUAACGAUGAUGCUGAAGUCGAAGCUUUAACGGAAUCUUAUAACAUUGGCGAAUUAGUCGAAAAACAUAUUAAUCUGGCCAGAAAAUGUCCAGUUGUGAGUUCGGAAUUAAAAAAUGAUGAUGCAAACGGGAAUCUGACUAUUGAAAGUGGUGGCGGUGAUGCCGACAAAACUAUGGCAAAUGCUUGUCCACUACCGAUUGAUAUUGGGCAAGAUGUAAUGGGCCAAUGUCCGUUUGUAGGCAAUGAUGCGAAAGUAGCACUUGCUGCAGCCGGGAAAUGUCCAAUGACAAAAAAUAAUCUUAAUAUCAAUAAUGGUACAUCUAGUGGAGAUCAAGUUGAUUGUCCUCCAUCUGUGUCGGCUGCAUCGAAAUGUCCUUUCGCAUCAAUGCACAAGCCAAAUGAUCCUGUGUUUGCUACAAAGGCUCAAAGUAGUGAAUCCACAGUGCAUGGAAAGUGCCCCUUUUUACAGAAGACUGUUAAAAUGUUUGAUUAUUCUGACGAUGAAAAGCCACAAUCGCAACAUAUUUCAAAUGUUCUUAUUGAAGAUGUAGACAAUCUGUUCUGUGGACUUUAUCAACAUGCCUGCCACAAUCGUGAAUUCUAUGUGAAAAGCAAUCGACUGGGACAACAAUUGGCCGAGGAUUUAAUUAAAAAAGGUGCCUUAGAUGUAAUGAAGUCUGCUCAGGCUGAAAUUCAUAGCAAAUCCUAAUAAACACCAUCUCUACUUGGUGAAAAUUGAAAUGUGAAAUGUUCUUCCUAACUCAAAGUUUCCAGAAAUCUUAACGCAUAUAGGGGCAUUAUAUUAAAUUUGUUAGAUGAAUUGGUCAUUGUUACAUAAUUGUAUAUGUACACUUUUUGUUUUUUUUUACGUUAUUUUUUUGUUAUCAUUAUGCAUAAAUAGUUUUUUCAUUUUUAUUAUGUUCACCGUAGUUACUUACCUUUAGAAUAAUUUUGUAAUAAACACUACAUUUAUCAAUCAUGUUAAUCAUUUUUAUUAAUUUUGUUUAAAUCUAAUUUAAGAAAUUUGCUAUUGAGUUAAGUUAUACGUUUAUACACAUAUACAUAUGUAUUUACGUCCGUAUUCAGAAACGACUAUUAUAUAUAACAACGGUUUAUUAAACAUUUUUUCAUAAAACACACAUUUAAACCAUUGCUAACUAUAAUAAUUGUUUUCGAAUGCGUCAAUAAAGGAAAAAAUAUUUAAAUAAAGGAAUGGCA